AAGAAAUGUAGACUUGUAAAUUUGUUUCAAAUGACAAGUUUAAAAAAAUUUAUAUUAUUAAAUAGAAAAAACAAGUCUCGUUUUUGAAUCAAUUCUAUUUUAGACAUGUCGACGUUCGAUAAAAAAUGCAAAACAGAACGCGGGGUUGCACAACCACGAGUCGAUUACAAAAUUGCUCAUAAAUACAGUAAAGGAGAAAGAAGCAAGAAUGAAAAAUCGAUUCCUAACCAACAGACACUUCCGUCUUCCCCGAACGUUAACGAUCAUCAAGGUACUUCACAGGAACUCGAAGACACUGUAGGACCUUAUGUACCAGGACAAAUGUCCAUUGUGCCAUAUGCAACACCAUAUUCAACACCGUACGGCGAUUCAAAAUUUUGCCCAUGCACUUCGAAUAAAAUAGAUUCAUCAAAAUAUGUUUCCAAUUAUGCACCAGAAGUUUGUGUAAAAAAAGAGCCAGGGACAGCAAAAAUGGAAUCAAAACCUCCAUUUGCAAAAACUAGACCUAAGCAAGAAAGUAGUCAUCCCAUAGACGACUUUGAAGACACUCAUCCAGAAACUUCUUUCAAAAUACCCAAUAUGGAAAUACCAAAAAUAAAUACUACUGGGCCAACAGCAUGUUAUAUGCCACAAAUUACUGACGCCAUAACAUAUCAAAAUAAACCAAUGGGGCCAAUUGGUCCCUGGGCAAGUGGAGACUUAAAUUGGGCUCCUUUGGCAGGUUUAACGGGUACUAGACCUGUAGUUGAUAAAUAUACAAUAACACGUUUCAGUGAGGCUGAAUGGCGUACACGAAAUGGGAAACUGGUAACAGAUACUAGAGAUGCAAUUAACCAAUCAUCUAUAGCUGAAUUUCAAAUACAACAAAAUUUGCAAGCUGUAAGUAAAGAGGCUGACAGGAUACAGCAAGAAAAUACAAAACGUUUAGAAGAUCGAGCUAAUGAAAUACUACGUUGGAAAUGUCAAUUAGAACGAGCUAUUAUAGCGGCAAAUGGAGAAAUUAACGAUUUAGAACGUGAUCGUACUAAAUUAAAACAAGCCGGAGCCGUGUUAACAUUGCCUGAAAUGAUUGUUGGCGAAGCAUUAAGCUUACGUACAAGUCGUAUAGAAACAGAACUUGUACGAGAUGACGUGGAAGAAGAAUUAAUGAAAGAAUAUGCAUUAAUACAUGAAAUUCGUGAUGUAUUUGAACGUUCAUUAGAUGAUAUAAAUCGACAAAUGGCUGAAAACAAAACAGCAAAAACACAAUUAGAAUUCGAUUGGAGCGAUAAAACCCUGGCAUGCGAGAUUGACAUGUUAAAUGCGUCUUUAAAUAAUAGAUCGAAUGUUAUUUUAUUUAAACCUGGAUCCACGCGAAUGCAAAUGGACCAAGCAACACCUGAGCAUUGGUUACAUUUUACAAAAGAAUCAAUUGAUCAAGGUGAACGUACUAGAAGAAAAUCAUUUGCUUUAAGAAGUUCAUUAGAUUCCAUUUUAUUGAACGCCGCGCGUGAUUUGCGCGGUCAAGCUGAUCGAGUAGAUAAUGCGUUACAACAGAAAGUUAACUGUGUUAAAGAAUUAUUGGAUACAUUAGAAGAUCAAUUACAAAAGGUACUAAAAACUAUUGCUCAAAUGGAAAUGGAAUCAAGUGCAACUGACCACUUAAUUCGUCGAUUGGACAUGGCAAUGAAAGUUGCACAAACACGAUUAGAUAAUCGAACAAACAGGAUGCGUGUAGAAAAUGUCCGCGAUCCAGCACAAUAUGGAUUAAUAGAUGAAAUUAAACAAAUUGGUCAACAAGUAACAUCAUUGAAGUCAACCUUCGAUGCAAGUGAUAGCACAUUAGGUGCUUUGAUCAAAAAUCGUAGUGAACUUGAACGAAAUAUAAUGUUUUUACGUAAAACAUUACUAAUUGAUCGAGAUCGUAUUGGAAAGUUAAGAUCAUUUUACCCUUCAGCAGCAGCUUUAAUGGGUAAAGGAUAA